AUGGCCUCCAUUGGGCUUCCCGUGCCACCGGGAUUCACGUUGACCACGGAGGUGUGCACUCACUUCUACCAGAACGAGUGCAACUACCCCAAGGAGCUCACCCAACAGGUGGAAGAAGCGCUUUCUUUGGUCCAACAGCGCACGGGCCGCGUCUUUGGCGAUGAAACCAACCCACUGUUGGUGUCC